AUGGCUAAUAAUCGCGUUCCGAUCAACUACGAAGUGCCGUCGUUUCCUUCGUUGUACGAUCCCUUGCCGUCGCAUCAUCAGCAAGCUUACUAUCUAUACUACACGACGGAUAUUUGGCGCUUUACUUUGUUCUGGACGCUUGUUUUCUAUGCGGCGACUCAUCUGACUGUUGCUGGCUGUGCGAUACUGACACACUGCCGUAAUUGGAGUGUGAUUUGGAUUGUGCCUUUGGUAUACAGCUUUAUUGCGGGGCUACAAGGACUCUUCGCUGGGAGUAUAGUUGGGCUUGUCCUCGGUGCGGUGUAUGAAGCGGGCAAUUUCAGGAUGUCGACUUGGCUGCCGAUGAUAUGGGGUGGUGUCAAUGUCAUGGUCCUUGUUGUGACCAGUUUCCCGAUGCAGGGUGGUCUUUGA